AUGAAUACAAAAAGAGAAAAAAGAGUGAUAGGUCUGGCCGGGUUAAAAAGAAUAAAGGUGCCAUUUCGGCAUAGGAGGAAGAGCAAGAAGAAGAAGAAGACACCACCAACACCAAGAGUCAAAGACAAGUUAAUGGAUAUUUGGCACAACAUGAUUUUUCCUGUUAGGCGUGUCUGGCUUGCUCUCUCUUCUCGCCUCAAACCUCGCAAAAACGGAGUAGGACUGCUGAAGCUUCAGGAUGAUGUACAGACAUGUGGAUAUCAGGAUGUGCAAGUGAUGUGGGAAAUGCUAAAAAGAACCGAAAGUGAAGUUAUAGACAAUCACCAUAAGCGCAAGCAAUUGCCGUUUUGGAGAAUUUUUGUAUGGUCCAACCAUAGUGAAGCUUCAUCAGAAUCUAGAAAUCACACUUAAGUUUUUCAUGUUUACAAAUAAAAUAGUCUGCAACAUUGCACCAUUGCAGACGCAUAAUUCUUGUUUACUAAAGCUAAAAGUCCCGAGUCACUAUGAUAACAAAAUCAUGAGGUUUCUCUAAUUGUACCACUGUACCUGUGACAGUAAUAUGUGAAUAUGCCAAUAGUUUGUCAAAAGUCACACCCAAUAUAUAGCUUUUGGG